AUGGACAAGAUCUCAUCCGACCAACUCACGUGGGUGCUGUCCAAGGCAAGGUCCUACGCGCUCGCCGUGUGUUCGUUCAGGGAACCGAAAGACGUCAUGAUCACGCUGGACACGUGGGGCUGGGAGCUCCUCUCGCGCAACAUAGCAUGGCUGUGCGAGAUACCGAGCGAGCACGUGUGUUCCAUGCCGGUGAAGGGAGAGUGGAGAUGCUACGUGCACGAAGGAGCUCUCAACUACUACAGGGAUAGCGUCUCCCACGCCCGCAACGACACCUGUCCCUUCCUCCUAGUGCUGCAUGACAGCUUGUGCUCCUGCUAG